AUGUUGUGGAAAGCUCAAGAUGUUCUUGGUGGUCUUACACACAAAAAGUUGCCAAUCAUCUUUGUAAUCACACCAACCUACGCACGGUUUGUACAGAAGGCAGAACUCACCCGUAUAGCUAAUACUUUUCGUCAAGUGCCUGCAAUUCACUGGAUUGUGGUUGAAGACUCAAUAAACAAAACCAAACUGGUCAGUAACUUUUUAAAAACAUGUGGAAUGGAGUAUACCCAUCUUUGUGUUAAAACGUCAGCUGAAGUGACUAUGUCAAAAGGUGCUUUACAACGGAACUUGGGCCUUAGCUGGCUACGAAACAAAUUUCUUCCAGGCGAAGCUCCAUCAGCGGUUGUAUAUUUUGCUGAUGAUGAUAAUACCUACAGUUUGGAGCUAUUUGAAGAGAUGAGAUAUACGAAAAAGGUCUCUGUGUGGCCUGUUGCCUUUGUUGGUGGUCAACUUUAUGAAUCAGUGAAAGUAAAUGCGGAAGGAAAGUUUGACGGUUGGGAUGUCAAGUACGCAGUUGAAAGGCCUUUUGCCAUAGACAUGGCUGGCUUUGCCAUUAACUUGAAUCUUAUUCUAGAGAAUUCAAAGGCUAUAUUCCAUAUUGAUGCUGAAUCUGGGUUUUUGGAGGCAAGUUUGCUUAUUGAUCUUGUUAGCCUGAAAGAUCUAGAACCCAAAGCUGACAACUGUACCAAGAUUCUAGUUUGGCACACAAAGACUACAAUCCAAAAGAUAUAUUCAAAGCUUGAUGAAUUACAUCUUGAGGUUUGA